GCAGGCUUUAUGCAGCUUGGUUUGUGCAUUGCAUAACCACACUGCAGCUCCACACUCACUUCACGACUCGGUUUACCUCUUCACAAUGGCAGCUCCGAGAAAAGUCUGCAUUAUCGGCUCUGGAAACUGGGGUUCUGCUAUUGCCAAGAUAGUGGGUACCAAUGCUGCCAGGAGCCCUCAGUUUGACAAUACUGUAAAAAUGUGGGUGUUUGAAGAGAUGGUUGAUGGGCGAAAACUGACUGAAAUAAUCAACACUGAGCAUGAAAAUGUCAAGUAUCUCCCUGGGCACAAACUACCCUCAAAUGUGCUGGCAGUUCCAGACCUGGUGGAGGCAUCCAAUGAGGCAGACAUUUUGAUUUUUGUGAUUCCCCACCAGUUUGUUGGGAAAGUGUGUGACACCAUCAAGGGCAAGAUAAAGAGUGAUGCCCUGGGGAUAUCCCUCAUCAAGGGUGUAGAUGAAGGACCUGAUGGACUGAAACUCAUCUCUGAUGUGAUUCAGGAGAAGCUCGGUAUCACCAUGAGUGUGCUGAUGGGGGCCAACAUUGCCAAUGAAGUCGCUGAUGGAAAGUUUUGUGAGACCACUAUUGGAUGUAAGAAUAAAAACCAUGGAACUCUCCUGAAGGAUCUCAUGCAGACCAGCAACUUCCGAGUUACUGUAGUAGAGGAGUAUGAUGUGGUGGAAAUCUGUGGAGCCUUGAAGAACAUUGUUGCAGUCGGAGCAGGUUUCUGUGACGGUUUGGGCUUCGGGGACAACACUAAAGCAGCUGUAAUCAGGUUAGGACUGAUGGAAAUGAUUGCCUUCGCUCGCAUUUUCUGCACCGCUGGGCCUGUGUCCUCUGCAACCUUCUUGGAGAGCUGUGGGGUGGCUGACCUCAUCACCACUUGCUACGGUGGCCGCAACCGGAAAGUCGCCGAAGCUUUUGUCAAAACUGGAAAGUCCAUUGAGGAAUUGGAGAAGGAGAUGCUGAAUGGUCAGAAACUCCAAGGACCAGCAACAGCAGCUGAGGUUUAUCUCAUACUCAAGCACAAAAACCUAAUUGACAAGUUCCCGCUGUUCAAUGCAGUCUAUCAGAUCUGCUACCAGAACCAUCCAGUCACAGAGUUCAUAAGCUGUUUGCAGAACCAUCCAGAGCACAUGUAAAAAAAAAACAAAAACAAAACAAAACUGACCAUGUGCCUUGAAAUGGAGAACAUGACAGCUUUUUAUCUGUUACCUCUCAGAAAUUGAUGGAGAAUAACAUGUUGUCACGCUUCAAAAUGGUUCCAGCCUUAAAGUGCAAUUCAUGUUCACACUCGGAGAGGCUGGGUAAUAUUUGUGUCCUGCACUUGUUCAGCUUUGUCCUCAUACUAUGUUUCUGACAUCCAUAAAGUGCUUUCUUCCAUUUCCUGAAUUACACGAACAUAUGAAGGGAUAAUGGUUGGGGGUUUUCCUCAUGGGAUGGUCACAUAGCUCUUUGCGCCUGAGAUUUUUCAUUUUUACGCCAAAUUAAAUCAGAAUACAUGAUGGUAGAUUGUGAACAGAAGUCAAACCACAAUACAAACACAGACAUCACACUGGAUGUCAGUUAUGUAAUGACAUAUGAAUCAUGAAUCUAACUUUGUUUGUUAAAUGUUUAUGUGGCACCAUCAUGUGUUCAGAUUUUGGCAGGGCUCACUGCUCAGGGCAAAGACCUGCUGACGGCCUUCUGUAGAAGGAUUUAUCUUCAUCUAACAUUUAUGUCUCCGUCCAGUGGAUGCAUGUCCGUCACCAGAGGUUACUAAAUUAUAGAUAUACCUCGCUUCAUUUUGUCUUUGUAUGCUCUUAAGUCUUACAUAAUUCACUGUGAAAUGAUUAUCUUCAUGUCUUGUACUGUAUAUUAACUGAACGCACAGCAACUGUUUUUAACAACAAAAAAAAAUGUAAGUGCCUUAGUGUGCUCGGUUGUGGCCAUAGUCUUUUUUUUUUUUUUUGUCGAGCCAAAGACAUGACUACUUAAUGUCCGUCCACUAUGCGUUUUAUUACUGUAACUCUGCUUGACCCAGUUUCAAUUGAGUUCUAUCUAAUGUACUGGAAAUUUGUCUGUAUAAAUUAAUUCUGUCAUCAA